CGAACUGAUCGUAAAUUGAGAGAUCAAAAGAAUGGCAUCGCAAGAAGAAGGAGUCGUCGAACCAUCCACCACGCAGUGCUUCGCUGAAGAUGCGAUGAGAAUCUUAAAACAGCAACUAGAUUUAAUUUCAGAGAUGCUUCAAGAAAAUGAUGUGGAUCAGAUGCUUGAAGAAAAUGACGUGGCGGCAAAUGAUUGGACAUCAGUAGACUUUGCGGAUCCUGGAAGCCGUAGUAUUGUAGUGAAGCCUAUGCAGGUGAAGUUGAAAGGACCAAUGAUGUCACAAAUUCGAACCGUGCCACGCCGUAUCGAUCACUCAUUACUAUGUGCGCAAAAACGGUGUAUACUCAAAGUGUCCAAAAUCGCGCCGGUGAUCGAAAUAUGAUUUUAAAACGACGUACUUGUGGUUCGUAAUAAAGUAAUUUGUUUCUUCUGUUUGUAUUUCGAUGGUUGUUGAUUGCUCGUUAGUUAUAUUUAUCUGGAAUGUGAAAUGAUA